CAUCAUAAAUCACAAAUGUCGUUUGACCAUAGAAACAAAAGAAAUGGACAGGUGCCAACCACUUAGUCAACACGUUCUAUUCCUUGACAUAUCUCUUUUCCCACUUCUAACAAAAGGACGAGACAAACAAAUAAUAUGGUACCUCAAAGUCUUCAUUAAAAUUUCAAAACCAAUCUUCCACCUUCCUGUCUGUCUUCCUCCGAGCUCUUCAAGCUCCAAUCUUUUCCCAAGAUCGUAUUAGUUCCACUCUUCAGAUUUUUUUUUUUUCAUUUCACGGUUUAUUUUUCUAAACUUCACAACUACCAAGUUUCAAAACCCAUGAACAAAUCCAAGAAUUUCUUUCAUAAUCUAAUCAAACCUUUCAAGUCCAACUCAGACAAAGGGGGCCAAAAUGACGAGGACUUGGAGAAAAUGGCACAACAAGAGCAAAAGCACUUCCCUUUCGAGAUUUUAGCUGCUGCUACCAGAGAUUUCCACCCUCAUCACAAGCUUGGUGAAGGGGGUUUUGGGCCUGUCUACAGAGGGAAAUUGGAUGAUGGAAGAGAAGUUGCAGUGAAGAAGUUAUCUCAUAGCUCAAAUCAGGGUAAAAAGGAGUUUGAGAAUGAGGCCAAGUUGCUAGCUCGUGUGCAGCACCGCAAUAUUGUGAAUCUUUGGGGUUACUGUGCACAUGGCAUGGAAAAGCUUUUGGUAUAUGAGUAUGUCACUAAUGAGAGUCUAGACAAGCUUCUCUUCAAAUCAAAUAGAAAAGAGGUGCUUGACUGGAAGCGGAGGUAUGAAAUAAUUUCGGGCAUUGCACGGGGUUUGCUCUAUCUUCACGAAGACUCAUACAAACGCAUCAUUCAUCGGGAUAUCAAGGCAAGUAAUAUUUUACUCGAUGAUAAAUGGGUCCCCAAAAUUGCUGAUUUUGGCAUGGCUCGUCUCUUCCCUGAGGAUCAAACACAUGUCAACACCCGUGUAGCUGGUACCAAGGGAUAUAUGGCGCCGGAGUACAUAAGGCACGGACAUCUAUCAGUGAAGGCAGAUGUGUUCAGCUUUGGAGUUUUGGUUCUGGAGCUGAUAAGUGGCCAGAAAAACUCAUCCUUCAAUUUAAAAGUGGAUGCUGAAAAUCUACGUCCUGAAAGUCUACCUGAUUGGGCAUAUAAGCUUUACAAGAAAGGCAGGGGGAUGGAGAUCAUGGACCCUGCCUUAGCCCUAUCAGCAGUCCCUGAACAAGUAGCUACGUGCAUCAAAGUAGGGUUACUAUGCACACAAAGCGAUCCCCAAUUACGACCUGAUAUGCGUCGGGUGGUUAUUUUGCUGUCAAAGAAACCUGACACUCUAGAAGAGCCAACGAGACCUGGAAUUGCAGGUAAUAGAUACAGAACAAGCCGCAGGCUUCCUGGAGUCUCAUCAACAGCGGGAACUUCCAGUGAUUCAGAUUCUCGUGCAUCUGAAUCAACCUUUAAUACUAACACUGCUACUGCUUCUGCUUCUGCUUCUGCUUCUGCUUCCACAUCAGCUCUUGCUAGGCCCUUGAGAUCAGACCCGCGUGGGAAGCGCCCAAUGCGGAGUUAGUUCUGCGGAAGAUUUUUGCUUGCUGGUUAUUCUUUUUUGUUCAGUAUAUUAUGUAAAUGUUAAUAGGGGAUUAGUUAGCAAAAGCAAAGGUGUAGAGUUGAGCUAUGAUUCUUUUAAAGCGGUAUAUAAGAAAUGGCAUUAUUCAUGAAUUGUUCAAAAUUGCAAUUAUCAUACGAGAGAAAGUAUCUAAUGGAAUUGGAAGGACGAUGGGGUUGCAAUUGGUUAGAGGUGCCCAUGAUUGAGACUAGGUAUGGUAUCAUAUAUAUUCUGAUCUGACAAUUCAGAUCUCAAAUUUUAUUUAGAUUCAUCCAAAUUAGAAAUGCUAUAGCUCAAAUAUGUCCUAAAUUAUUUUUUAUUUGA